AUGUUCACGCCGCAAAGAAAACAGUGGAUGUCUCCGGCGAUGACGCCGAGAAGCGAGACGCGUGUUACUAACCCUAGAAACGCCGAUAGAAAGGGGAAGGCGAUUGCGUUCAGCGAGGACCCGGUGAAUUCGACUCUUCCGCCGCCUCCGAUUGGAACUCUGACCGGAGAAGGCUUUUCCAGAGGUGAGGCUGAUGAUAUGGAUAUGGGCGAUUGGAGGAGGUUUAGGGAAGUGGGUUUGUUGGAUGAGGCAUCAAUGGAGAGGAAAGAUCGAGAAGCGCUUCUUGAAAAGAUCUCCACACUCGAAAAGGAGUUAUAUGGCUACCAGCACAACAUGGGACUUCUUCUCAUGGAGAAUAAGGAGUGGGCUUCGAAGCACGAGCAACUAAAUCAGGCAUUACAAGAAGCUCAAGAAAUCCUUAAAAGAGAGCAGUCAUCACAUCUGUACGCAUUGACGACUGUGGAACAACGAGAAGAGAACUUGAGAAAAGCCUUGGGUUUGGAAAAGCAAUGUGUUGAAGAGCUUGAAAAGGCUCUUCGUGAAAUGCAAGAAGAGACUAACAAGACAAGGCUCGCUUCUGAAGCUAAACUAGCUGAAGCAAAUGCUCUGGUUGCUAGUGUUACCGGGAGAUCUUCUGAUGUGGAAAGUAAGAUUUAUUCUGCUGAAAGCAAACUCGCAGAGGCAACUAGGAAGAGCUCUGAGCUGGAAAUGAGAUUGAAGGAAGUGGAGACUCGUGAGAGGGUCCUGCAACAAGAGCGGCUUUCAUUUGCUAAAGAGCGAGAAUCAUAUGAAGAGACUUUCCAUAAGCAAAGAGACUACCUUCAUGAAUGGGAGAAAAAGCUUCAAGAAAAAGAAGAAUCGAUGCCUGAACAGAAGAGAAGCCUGAAUCAUAGAGAGGAAAAGGUUAAAGAAAAAGAAAAGAACUUGAAGUUGAAAGCAAAAGAACGUGAAGAACGAGAGAGAAAGAUUGCUUUGUCAAUGUCAAAGUGUAAGGAAACUGAAGAGGAUUUGAGUAAGCGAUUGCAAGAAUUGACUGCAAAAGAGAAAGAAUCUUGCACACUCCAGAGCAUGCUAAUGGCAAAGGAGAGGGAGUUGCGAGCACUUGAAGAGAAGCUUAUUGCUAGAGAAGGGACAGAAAUUCAGAAGCUCAUUGAUGAUCAGAAGGCAGAAUUAGCUGAUAAGGUGCUGGCAUUUGAACAAGAAUGUGAAGAGAGAAGAAAAUCUCUGGACAAGGAACUCCAAAGAAAAACGGAAGAAGUUGAACGACAGAGAGUUGAAAUUGAUCAUGGCGAGGAGAAGCUGCAGAAAAGAAAUCAAGCUCUGAAUAAGAAGUUUGGGCGAGUGACUGAAAAAGAAAUGGACCUUGAAGCAAAGUCUAAAGCUAUUAGAGAAAAAGAAAAAGCCAUACAAGCUGAGGAGAAAAGGUUAAGUUUGGAAAAGCAACAAUUACUUUCUGAUAAGGAGAGCCUCAUGGAUUUACAACAAGAGAUUGAAAACAUCCGGUCUGAGAUGAUGAAGAAGGAGGAUGCGAUCCGGGAAGAACUCAAAAGUCUUGAAAUCAAGAAAGAAGAGAGAGAAGAAUACCAGAGACUGCAAUCUGAACUCAAGUCCCAGAUAGAGAAAUCAAGACUCCACGAGGAGUUUCUUUCUAAGGAAGUUGAAAAUCUGAAGCAAGAGAAAGAGAGAUUUGAAAAGGAGUGGGAAAUAUUGGAUGAGAAGCAAGCCGAAUACAAUAAAGAGCGAAUGAGAAUUUCUGAAGAAAAAGCAAAGUUUGAGAGGUUUCAAAUGCUGGAAGGAGAAAGAUUGAAGAAAGAAGAGAGUGCUUUCAGGGUUCAGAUAAAGCAGGAACUGGACGAUAUUAGACUGCAAAGAGAAUCGUUUGAAGCCAAUAUGGAACACGAACGUUCAGCAUUACAUGAAAAGGCCAAACUUGAGCAUUCUAAGGCGCUUGACGAUCUAGAAACGAUGAGAAGGAAUCUUGAAAUUGAACAACAAAAGAGAAAAGAAGAAGACGAGAAAGCUCUACAAGACAGACUGUCUCAGUUUGAGGAUAAAAGAAUGAAAGAGCUUAGUGAUAUCAAUCACCGUAAGCAGGCUUUGAACAGGGAGAUGGAAGAAAUGAUGUCGAAAAGGGGUGCUCUCCAAAAGGAAAGUGAAGAAAUUGCCAAACACAAGGAGAAACUCAAAGAGCAGCAAGCAGAGAUGCAUAAUGACAUUAGUGAACUUAGUACACUCAGCAUCAACCUCAAGAAGCGUAGAGAAGAGUUUGCACGUGAAAGAGGUCGGUUUCUGGCAUUUGUUCAAAAGCUCAAGGAUUGUGGGAGUUGUGGGCAGCUGGCGAAUGAGUUUGUACUCUCUGAUCUCCAACUACCAUAUAACGAAGAAGAAGCUAUUCUGCCACCUAAUGUAGUUUUGAGUGACCUUCCAGAAAGUUCUGAUGCGUCUGACUCCUGUAAUAUCAAGAAAUCUCUAGACAGAGAUGCCUCAGGAAGUGGUGGAUCUAGAAGGCCCAACAUGUCGAUACUGCAGAAGUGCACUUCAAUACUUUUCUCACCAAGUAAAAGAGCUGAGCAUGAUAUGGACACAGGCAAGCCUGAGCAGCGUCCGUCCUCCUCACUGGCCGUUAAUAAGGAAACAAAAGGUGAAAAACCACUGCCAGUUAGCACAAUUCCGGACGAGGAUGAGGAAUAUACAGACAGUCGAGUACAAGAAACUUCUGAAUGUUCUCAGUUUUCAGAGCUUCAGAGUGCCAGGCGUGGACGUGGACGUGGCAGACCUAGAAAACCCAAGCCUUCUACGAAUCCUACUAGUUCGGCCAAUCAUGCCAGCCCUGGAGACUCAUCAAAAGGUGAAGCGAGUGGUCACGUUUCUGGUACUAGCGAGAAGACAACAGGCAGAGGUGGAAGGAAAAGACAGCAUACUGAGGAUACUGCUGCUGGUGACGGACGUCGUAAGAGACAGCAGACUGUUGCUGUCUUGCCGCAGACCCCUGGCCAAAAACGCUACAAUCUGAGGCGGAACAAAGCCGUAGACCAAGUUCCAGCAGAUGUUAAAGAUAAUGCAGCUGGUGGUGAAGAUGAUGCAGACAUUGCUGCCUCUGCGCCAUCAAAGGACAAUGUCGAAGGAACUAGCGAAUCGGUGGUGGAACCUCUUCCAGCUAGAAGAUUAGAAAGUUCAGAAGUUAGGGUUGAGAGAGUUGUAACUGUGGAAACAACUACUGCUACUGCUAAUACCAAAGUGGGUGUUUCGGUUGCAAAUACAGAAGUAGCACCUAACAUCGCUAUGAGCCCCUCUGUUGAAGAUGAUCAGACGCAGAGAACAGUCAAUGAGGAUAAGAAUGAAGAAUAUGAGGAUGGAAAUGAUGAAGAAGAUUACGAGGAACAAGAAGAUGAUGACGAUGGUGAUGAUGAUGAUGAUGAUGGAUCACCAAGACCUGGUGAAGGAUCCAUAAGAAAGAAGCUGUGGACUUUUCUCACCACAUAAUCAUCUCACGUGGGAUGAUCCAAGAGAUGUUACUUUCACAUUUAUUAUGUAGAACCAUUAUAGCUUCUUUGUAUCCAAAGACACCCUUUUGAUGGAAGAUGAAGUUAGGGAAUUAGAAGCUAGAGACAUGUGUUUAAUGAUAAUGUACUUUCGAAUUGACAGAACCUAAAGCACCAGGCUCCAGAAGGA